GUUAAGUGAAGGCCCAGCGUUGCCCGCACGCAGAUCGGCCAAGGGCAUGGCCAAGGGUUGGCUUGGCUGCCGGCGUGUGUUGCUUUUGCGGGAGGGACUGAAUUAAUUUAUUUCCUUCCGGCACUUUUAUAUGUCGCUGUAGUGUUGUGGGGUUUUGCGGUAUUUUUAAUGUGGCUCUACUUUCAUUUGUAAUUUGAAAUUAAAAAUAGUUACUAUGUGUUUAUUUGGCCGAUUGUCGCGUGGAAAUUUAAGUGGGAUUUUCAGUGGAUGAGAUCAAAACAAAAAUCGGAAUGAAGACCCAAAACGCGUUCUUCAAUUUUGCCAAAACCGAUCGGUGUAAAUGUGCUUUUUGUUAGGAAUGUAUCUUAGUCGUGUAAUGUUGAACACAAAAACGUAUAUAAUGAAUAACUGUAGUGGUUUGAAGAAACAUAAAAGGUGGUGAUAUGAAGUACACGACUUCUUACUACGUUUUUAUAUGUUAAGUGAAGUACGAAGAUGCCGACAAAUACGAAUAUGCGUCGAGCUAAAGCGAACCUUAUGAAAUCUGCUAUUCACUCGUACUUGAAGCGCCGUCGUUAUUCUGAUUCUGAGCAGAACUUCAAGCAAGAGUACGUCUUCUCAGCCCAUUCAUCUCAGCAGAUGGCUAUAAUGGGCAUAGUUGAUAAGGAGCUAACACCAAAAAAUACAUUUAGUCAUAUUGCAAAUGACACAAGGCAGGUGGAACAUCAGUUCAAUAGGUUGAAGAACUGGAUUGCUGAUCUGAAGGCUGAUAGUUACCGCUAUGAGCUUGAAGCAUUGCUGUGUCCACUGUUUUGCCAUCUCUACUUAGAAAUGCUCUGUGGAAGUCAUCGUCAAUCUGCAUCAAAAUUCUUCGAGCGGCAUCAGGCUUUAUUUGCUUCUCGGGAAAAUAGUCGUAAAUUAUUGGAAGAGUUGGCGGCGUAUGUAUCCAAUAGUCCGGAUGUCAAAGUGAAUACGUAUAUUAAAUCGUUCAGGUCUGCAAAAUAUCAUUUGCAGCUCUCUUUAGAGGCUGUGACAGUGUUGCAAAGGUACCUUUCAGAGCAUGGACAUCUUUUAAUAUUGCAGACAAUGCAAAAGUGGUUUGAUGUUGAAAUAAUGCAGAGCAUCAAACGAGACAAAGAAGAUGACUGUCUGUGGCAGGUGGCAAAUGGAUAUAUAAUACUGAAACGAGGUGAUGAGAAGAAUUGCUUUAUGACUAAAGAAGAGGAUACAUUGAAGCAAGUCGAGGAUGUGAUUCGUACUGUGAAAGAGAAACCGGUUGUAAAUCCUCUUCUUCUCUAUGUAAUUUCAAAUAUUCAUCGAGAUUCUAGAGUUUCCUGCACAACAAUUGAUGAACAAGUAACGUUCCUUGGUGCUGGUGUAAACAAUAGCAUCAAACUUUGGGGCCUUUCUCGGAAAAUGGGCUGUCACUCAAAGUAUUCAUCUAUCAGUCUGCGAACACCAAUGGCACCACUGGCAUCUGAAACUGAAAUACUCCCAGAAAAGCAUGCUAUUACUUUGUAUGGACAUGCAGGACCGGUUCAGGACAUAGCUUUUAUACCCCGAGCCACAUCUCCAGGGGUCCUGGUGUCUGUCUCUCAAGAUGCCACAAUGAGAAGUUGGAGGCUUGAUAGCUAUGAAUGUGCUGCAUCAUACAGAGGCCACAAUCAUGAGAUUUGGUGUUUGGAUGUCAGUUCACUUGGACUCUUUGUAGCAACGGGAUCUCGGGAUAGAACUGCUAGAAUAUGGUCUUUGGACAGAAACUUCCCACUUAGGACAUGUGCUGGGCAUCAUCUGGAUGUAGAAUGUAUUAAAUUUCAUCCCAAUAAUCUGUACUUUGCUACGGGUUCAGCAGACAAAACAGUGAAAAUGUGGUCUGUGAAUGAUGCAAGGUUGUUACGAUUAUUUUUUGGACACACAAGUGCUAUUCAAGCUUUAGGAUUUAGCCCGAAUGGCAAGUUUCUGGCUUCUGCUGAUGAGGACAGAAUUAAAAUUUGGGAUCUUGCCGCUGGGAAGCUUUAUAAAGAAUUUGCAGGACAUACGGGUUCUGUUCUAUCCCUUGCAUGGGAUAAAACUAAUGAGUAUCUCUCUUCUUGUAGCAGUGAUGGAUCUGUUCGCUUGUGGACUACACAGGACCAAGGAGAUUCAAGUGAAAAUCCACCACCCAAUCUUUUGCGGACAUACAGUGUAGGCAGUGGCGUGCUUUCAGUACAGUAUUCAAUUUCGAAUACAUUGUUUCAUGAUAUUUAUGAAGUGAUUAGGUUUUGUAUGCUUUUGGAAGAUCAGGUUUCUGAAGGGUGUGCUAUUGCCCAUUUUCUUAGUUUCAAUGAAGGACUUCUUGUGAGUGACAGGUUAAUAUUUGCAAACUGUUAUCACAGGUUGAUUUCUUGUUUGAAUUGGUGGAAGUUAUUCACCAUUGUGAUAUUUACUAAUGGAUUCGUAGAAAUGACUGAGUCUUUGCAAAGCUUUGAGCAGCAGUGCCUUCGAGCAGUUGUUUCUGUGGGAGGAGAA